AUGUCGGCCUGCACACAAGCUGCUGCUUGGAUCAUAGUGAUUUGCAUUUUAUUGGCGUCUUUUUACUUUUACAACAAUCACCAGAUCUUCUCCUAUGUAUUCACGUCUGACGAGCUCUAUAUUACACCAGCAGCAAUCACUCCCAUGAUGGAGAACGAAUGCAAGUGGCCAGUGCUGCAACCAAUGGACGAGAUUUCGAGCGUCAGUGCAGUUCCUCCCAGAAACAUUGAAUGUGGCUCUGCCAUGAAACCGUUUGUGACACUGGAUGCGUUUGGAUUCCUCGAGCUUUCUCCGCCAACCGUGGGAGGAAAUCCAUUCGUCGAAACGGACAUAUCGUACGUUCCUUAUGCUCUUAUUUCACGGUAA